GUUGCCUGUGCUCUCCCAAACCCGCUCCAGCCUUGGCCCUGCACCCCCUGGGCGACUGCCCUGCCUUGCCUGUGGCCUUGAGAGCGCAGCCACCCCCGGGGAGCCACCUGGUGACGUCAGGGCCGAGCGAGGGGGCGACUCCUCCCUGUGCCCGCCCCUCCAGGCUCUUUAAGAGCGGGGCCUGCGCCUGGAGCCCCGCAGCACCAGGGGGACCGAUCCUCGCCUCGCCUCGCCUCGCCUCGCUUUCCUUCCCCUCUGCUGCUCCGAUCCGCUCUCCGUGCAGCCCUGCAGAGCCGAGCCGGGCCGGGCCGGGCCAUGCAUCCCGCGGUGCUUCUCGGCCUUCUGGGAGCGGCGGCGGUUGUUGGCUCUGUGCCAGUGGAUAAUGGGAACCACAAUGAAGAAAUGGUGACUCGAUGCAUCAUCGAAGUCCUCUCAAGUGCCCUGUCUAAGUCUGGCACACCCCCCAUCACCCCUGAGUGCCGACAAAUCCUGAAGAAGAGUGGAAAAGAAGUGAAAGAUGAAGAGAAAAGUGGGAAUGAAAACACAAGGUUUGAGGUCAGGUUGUUAAGAGACCAAAUUGAUGCCUCAGAAGCCCACGGACCCCCGGGCAGAGAAGGAGUAGAAACUCCCAAGAAAGAGAACCCCCAAGAUUCAGCAAUAGCUACAGAAACAGAAGGGGGUGGACACAGCCAUGAGGAAGAAGUUAAGCCCCAUGAGAGCCUUCCCCCCUUCUCCAACAGUCAUGUCUCCAAAGAAGCAAAAGCACAACAUUCCGACCUGAGCUCAGGAGAGAAGCAAGCCAAGGAGAAGGAGAAGCAGCCCAAGGGGGCACGAGAAGAUGCCAGCGAAGAGCUGCACAUUGAAGAGCCAUUGGAGACACAGAACAUUUUUCUCCACACGAGAAACCAGGCCACCUUGAAUGACAGAGAAGACACUGUGUCCCCUUAUGGUGAGCGCUUGGAGGGGAAGACACACAGCCGGGAGAGGAGUAGCCAGGAGAGUGGAGAAGAAACGGGGAGCUUCGAGAAAUACCCCCACACAUCUGAAAGUCAGGUUGAAAGCCAGCAGGAAUCCAAGGAGAGUGGGGAAGAGGCCAGUCCUGAGGUGGACAAACGACUCUUGAGGCACCACCCUUCUAGGACCAGGCCUGACAGGUCUUCCCAAGAAUGGAAUCUUGAGAACAAGGGAAAAGACCAUCCUGGGGAAGCCUUUGAAGAAUCAAACGCAGCCUGGACCAGUUUAGGGAACAGGCAGGACUACCAUCCAAGCCCCAAUAGGGCUUUCCAGCAAGAAUCAGAAUAUGGCGGAAGAGUGAGGAGUUCUCCAGCUGUCCAGCUUCCUGAGAGGAUGGAGGGGGGAUAUCACAGGGGCAGAGGAAAUGAUGAGUACAGGGCUCCAACUUCUCCCAUUGAAGAGAGCCAGGAGGGGGAAGGGCAGAGGAAUUACUAUAGCCCAGAGCCUGAUUAUAUAGCACCAGAAUACAGUGAAGAAGGCAAGGAAGAGAAGGGCUGGGAGUGGGGUCCACGCCCCGAAGCUAAGUCUGGUGAGCCAGAGGCAAGCAACAAAGAAGACAAAAGGUUCUUGGGUGAAAGCUACCACCAGGUUGGAGUAAACCCUAUGGACAAGGCAAGGAGGUAUCCACAAGGUGAUUGGGAUGAGCAAAACAGAAACAAUCUUAAGUACGGGCAAGGGAGAGGUGAGGAAGGAGUCCAUGGAAGAUGGCAGCAGCCAGAAUAUCUGCCAGAGAGCAGGCCGAGGGAGGAAGCCCAGCUUCUGGGCCAACGGUCCACUCCCCACCACACCUCUUAUGAGACCAAGAGGCUCAGGGAGCUGCUGGACUCAUAUUAUCGCCCAACCCAGUGGAAGAGCAACCAUUAUGAGAGGAAAGACAAUAUGGAGGAUGGUUUCUUGGAGGGUGAGGAGGAUAACGGGCUAGCCUUGAACGAGAAGAAUUUUUCCCCAGAAUACAGCUAUGAUUGGUGGGAAAAGAAGCCUUUCGAGGACAAUGUGAACUGGGGCUAUGAGAAGAGGAAUAUGGGCCCCCAACUGGUUCCAAAGAGGCAGUAUGACAGAGUGGCUGAACUGGACCAGCUCCUUCACUACAGGAAGAAGGCUGCCGAGUUUCCUGACUUCUAUGACUCUGAGGAGCCAAUGAGUCUGCACCAAGCAGCAGAAGUUGAAGGAGAAAGGGCUGGCCAAGGUGUCCUGACAGAAGAGGAGAAAAAAGAACUUGAAAACUUGGCUGCAAUGGAUUUGGAACUUCAGAAAAUAGCCGAAAAGUUUAGUGGUAAUCGAGGGGGCUGAUAUAACUGUUGGGACAAAUGACUAUUGUAGACAGCAACUCUGACAUUAUCUAUUUUUCAUCACUUUAUUGAAAGACACUCUUUAGUUGUCUGAAGAGAGAAAGCAUUUAUUAUUGAUCGAAUGUUUGACAUAAUUGGAAAAGUAUUUUUUGUAGAAUGAAUUUGAAAAAUUAGUAGCAUGACUUACAGCAUAUUCUUUCUGCAAAGUAGACAUAUUUACAUGCUUGUGACCAUGACUGUGCUACUAUCCUUAAAAAUAUAUCUCUGUUUCUGUUUGAAAUAAUAAAAGAUUCAUCUAAGGCCAUAA